UUUACAAAAUAAGAACUGUCGCCAAAAAUAGCACCAGAAAAACUAGUGGUUAAAUUCAUUUUACUUGUUUGUCAGUCAUGAUUUGAAAGUCGGAUCUUUCUCAGACGUGUACAGUUUUAGGGUCAUCACCAGUCAACUCGAUGGAUGUUGAAAUAAGACAUUAAGAGAUGAAGAAGAGUCAGCAAACACUAUUGCAUCACUUCACGUCAAGAGCAACCACAUCCACAUCUCAAAAUGACGAUGUUGCUCAAGCCAGAAAUCAGCCCCAGGUCAACCUGGAUGACCUCGACAACCAGAUUUUUGAUGACGAUAUGUUCCUGGCAGCCUGCCAAGACUGGGAGGAACAAACGCUUGCAGAUCCUCGCAAUGAGGGCAGUGUUGACAGAACAGGUCAGGGGUCAAGAGUUUCCCUGGAACAGUCCUCCAGACCAGCGGGUCAUCAACAGCCUGUCAUUCCUCAGGCAACUCAGUUGGAAGACCUUCCCGGGUUCGAUGUGUCAGCUGGUAAUAUCUGGAUCUACCCGACGAACUACCCAGUGAGAGAGUAUCAAUUCAACAUCGUACAGCGGGCUCUGUUCAGGAACACCAUGGUGACUCUACCAACAGGAUUGGGCAAGACCUUUGUGGCAGCGGUCGUCAUGUAUAACUUUUAUCGCUGGUACCCUGAAGGGAAGGUAAUCUUCAUGGCACCGACUAAACCUCUGGUGGCCCAGCAGAUCGAGGCAUGCUACAACGUGAUGGGCAUACCCCAAACAGACAUGGCAGAAAUGACAGGUAACAUGCCCCCAGUGGAACGAAAGAAGGCGUGGCAAAGAUGUCGCGUUUUCUUCCUGACCCCGCAAGUCCUGAUGAAUGACCUGAGCAGAAGGGCGUGUCCAACUCAGCAGGUUAAAUGCCUAGUCGUCGAUGAAGCACAUAAGGCAUUGGGUAACCACGCAUACUGCCAGGUCAUACGGGAAUUGUAUAAAUACUCAUCUGAGUUUCGAGUAUUGGCUCUCAGUGCUACACCAGGAAGUGAUUUGAAGGCCGUCCAACAAGUUCUGACCAACCUUCUCAUCUCUCAUAUUGAGAUUCGUUCUGAGGAGUCCAUCGAUAUUCAACGCUACGUCCAUGAGCGCAAAGUGGAGAAAGUUGUGGUCCCUCUGGAUGAUCUCAUGAAAUCGUUCCGAGAUCGAUACUUGAAGAUAUUGAGUGUGUAUAUCGGGCGGCUCAAUCGCUGUGGUGCCCUCUACAAUCAAGACCCAGCAACGUUGACCAAGUUCCAGAUCCUCAAAUCAAGAGAAGCCUUCCGCCAAGACCCGCCUUCCCAUGUCAAGGCCACUGGUGCCAUUGAGGGAGACUAUGCCCUCUCCAUCAGCCUCUACCAUGGCUUUGAGUUACUGCUCCAGCACGGACUCCGCUCUUUGUACAACUUCCUCCAGAGCACCAUCGAUGGAGCCAAGGGCUUCUCCAGGACCAGACAAGAGCUGAUGAGGAACAUGGAAUUCACCAGUUUAAUGGAUUCAUUGAAGGAGAAAUUUGGAGCAGAGGAGGAGGAGGAUUUGAACAGAAGUAGAAUGUUCUCGGCACCAGGAGUGAAAGAAUCCAAACCCUAUGUGACUAGCCACCCAAAGAUGGCCAAACUACAGGAGGUUGUCCUACAACACUUCAGAAGUCUUAACACAGUUUCAGUAGAGACUGACAACCCGUCAACAAGUAAACAACAACAACAACCGACAGCCAAGAGUACGCGAGUGAUGAUCUUUGCCCAGUACCGAGACAGUGUGAAUGAGAUAGCGGAGAUGUUGAACAGGCAUCGACCGCUGCUGCGCUGCAUGGGGUUUGUUGGGCAGGCGUCGUCUGGCAAGAAUAGCAAGGGUAUCUCACAGAAAGAACAACUCAGGGUGGUGAAGGAGUUCCGAGAGGGCGGUUACAACACUCUAGUCUCUACCUGUGUUGGUGAAGAGGGUCUGGACAUUGGGGACGUUGACUUGAUUGUGUGCUACGACGCUCACAAGAGUCCCAUCAGGCUGGUCCAGAGGAUGGGACGGACUGGAAGGAAGAGGCAGGGUCGGAUUGUCAUGCUGGUCACCGAGGGCAAGGAGGCGGCUGUUUACGACAGAAGCCAGUACAACAAGAAGGGCAUUCACAAGGCACUGCAGGGCAAUGCCAAAUCGCUCCAACUGUACCCCAACAGCCCCCGUAUGGUGCCCAGGGGUAUCGACCCUCAACCCCAUAAGAUGUUCAUCUCCGUUCAGGCGUAUGUUAAUAAGAAAGAAAGCAAGAGAUCGUCCUCCUCUGCUUCAAGGAAGAGCUGUGCUCCUGGAAGUGAUACACUUGUCUUGAAAGCUAAAAGUGACAAGAAAAGCAGCGAGUUUUUGAGUGCAGAGGAGCUAGCUUACUGGAGUGCCAACUUCAAACUAGACCCAGCUGAGAAUGCAAGUCUUCCAGCCAUGGCUGACAAUGGAAACUUUCUAACAUUAGCGACCAAGAAAAAAAGACAGCCUUCAAAAAGAAAAAGCAGUCGUUCCGAACUGUCCUUGACAGAGUGGUCGCCAUGGCAAAUGCACAAGCAGCCAAUCAGAUUUGUACAACAUUCCCAACGCUGCAACCAGUUCGUCGAACUCAUGGAGUUCAUUGACCUUCAGAAUCUCACAGAAGGUGAAGAUAUCUACGGAUUGGAGAUGCAAACCUACCUGGACGAGGAAGACAUCAUCAAGCCUAAAAGACGAGGAAUUGAGCAAUUUUGCACAAGAGUCAGUAAAGACGCUGCUGCGGAAAAUGCAAGAAGUGAUAAUGUGGGACCUGACGAUGAAGGGUCUGUGAGCAAGAAGAGUGGUCAAAAGAAAUCAAAGAAGAAAAACAAGCCUCUUGAGUUCGUGUCUAGUCCUUCAAACAGUGAUAAUGACAACCUUCCAGAUGUCUUCAUGGAGGCCAAUCUAGGAACUCUAACAGAGAAACAUGGGACAGUGUCAGACCCAGCCAACCAAAUCACAUCCAAAACAACCAAACACAGAAAACAUAAACAAAAGUUGGAACAUCUCAAGACCAAGCUGGACAGCUCUGACGAUGAUGACUUUGAAGUAGCAGACAACAAGCAAGAGAAGUCUCCUGGAGCUGCGACUUCAGGAGAUAAGAUGGCACAUCUUGAGGUAGUUGGUGACAAAGUCCAGGCAUCAGAAGAUGAAAUUAAGGUUUUUAAGAAACCCAGAUCACCAGAGUAUGAAACACCCGAACCGAUGGAUAUUGAUCGCGACACUCCUCCAACGUCGCCAACAUUUGGAAAGGUCUCCCAGUCGACUCAAGCAGCACUUUCAAGUAGCCAAUUCACCAAAACAGAUAAAAAUCUGUCGAUAAUGUUUCUCAGCUUUCCAGAUGAUUUAGAUUCGACUCCCGAAGAUGAUCGUAAUGUCAGCUCUGGAAUCAGGCUUAGGCCUGGUGGGAAAUCCUCUAUCCCUCCACCACCACCUUCCCUAUCUUCUCUUGACCUUCUAGAUGACAUCGAUAUCAGCGUCAACAUCACCCAGCAUUUUAAAAACUUAUCCAACUUCUUCCGCAGUAGUAAAAGACAGGAUGACCAGCCUGAAAUAGCAGCCUCUGUUAAGGAUAUUGUGAACGUUGGAGAUACACAAAUUUCAAAUUCAGAUGGAGCAUCGAACUCAGUUCCACCUAACUGUAAUGAUAGCAAGAGUAAACAUUCUUCAACUUCUUCUGAUUACCCAAAAAACAAUGAUUGCAGUACUGCCAAGAGAGAUGCAACAGAGGUUCUAGCGGGAAUCAAACCAAAUUUUGAUUUGAACAUGGACUUCACAAUCUUUUCUGACGAUGACGAAUCGGAAACGAUUGAACAGCCUCAAUCUGACAAAGAAGGCAACACACCAAACGAUAAAAAGAAAAUGUCAGAGCAAAGGAACGAAGUGGAGAACGAGGUUUCUAUGGUCCUCAAUAAUCAGACCGAGAGUAUAAUGAGAACACCCGUAGCAUUUGAUAUUGAGACACCUCAGGUAGAGUCUAUUCUUUUCGAGAUGGAUUCGAGACAUACCCAGAAGACAUUACCCGUCUCCUCUGUACCUUCACCGAGUCCUGGUCGUGCACAGGCUGGAGACGCUAAAACUCUUUCCCAGCAGGGGAUAUCAAACAGACGCUCUUUGCUAGGUGGAAACAAAAGGACCACGGCAGUGUUUUCUGAAACGCCUAAAUCCAGACGGGACUCUGUUCCGAAACAGAGACAUUCAGGACAGCUUAUUAGAGAUAGGCCAGCCUCAACAGGUAUCGGCUCAAAGAGAGAAUUGAAUUUAUUGGAGCCACAAAAAAUGAUUGAACCAGUUGUCUGCGAUGGUAAAGCACAGGUUUUUGAUGAGGAGGAUACCGCCGAGAUUGAGAGAAUGAGAUUGCAGGUCCUGGGUUCAUCCGAGCCUAUGUUCGACCUCGGAUUCGAUCUCGAUAGCUUGGAAGAAGACGAAAUAGAGGAACAUGGUGUUGUUCCACCUUCUCCAGACAUGAAACAGCAGCAGGAGUAUAUUAACCUUAGCCAAGUGGCUACACAGAAGCAACAACCAUGCUCUUCUCAAUCCAGGGGAAUGUCCAGUUUCUGGAUGAGGGCAUCGUCAACUCCUGCACAGAAGACUAAAUUAAGCCUCAGUUCAAUAUCUUGUAAUGAAAUAGUGUCACCCAUUGCCCAGUACAAGCAAGAAAAGUGCAAUCAUGUCCCUGAGAAAGGUUUGACGGUCCUCUCGGUGCCACAAACUGAAAUCUUUGCCGGUGAAAAAACUUCUUCCUUUAUCGAAGAAAUUCCACAGAGCCUACACAAGCAAGUAGAACUUUCUCAAACUCAGGACUGUAGAAAGAAGUGCCAAUCGGGGAGGGAUAAUAGCCCAGCGUCAAAAAACUUGUCCAGACUGAAAGAGCGGCCGAUCAUCGGGAAGAGGAAAAGCUCGGAACCGAUUUCCGCAUUUUCAGACGAGAAUUCGAUUGGCGUCAAGCGCAGGAAGUCUACAUCAGUCGGACUUACCUCUGAGUCUCCAACAGCUCCUGUAGAAACGGAUUUAGUCGUCGUAGCAUUGGGCGCCAAAGAUUUAGAGAUGAUGACUGGAGGUCAAUCCUUGGAGGUUGAGGAGUUUGUCUCGUAUGGUGUUGAUGAUAAAAGAGUAGGGCUGGCUCCUGCACCAAAUGUCCGAACAAUUCUAGCAUCUCCUAGCAAAGUGCUGUCUGAUUCUCCUGAUGAAGAGGAUGCUUUCAGCCAAGUUGUCCAACACAAGAAACGUCGUAAAGCUGUAGUACUGGAAUCUCCUGAACAACCAGCAUUUAAGACACCAAGUAAACCCAGCAAGAGUUCCCACAAGACGAACAGGAACAUUCAGACUGUGACAAGCAGCAGUGAGGAUGACUUAUUAGAAUCUCCCUUAAUCAGACGACCCAAGAAACGCAGACAGCUCAAUAAAAUGAUGAUCGGCAUUGAUGAAGAUGAUGAAGACUUCGAAGGCCAUGAUUCCAGGAAGAAAUCUGUUUCGGAGGUCAAAAAGAAAUCUUGCCCUGACAAGAGGCGGAACCUUCAGAUUGAUGCUCAGCCUGUCAACACCAAACAGAAAAAGACUAAGAAGCCAAGACGUGUUCCGAGUGAGGCAAGGGGCUUCUUGGCGGAGGAAGUGGAGGUUUCUGCCGAUGAGGAUUGUUCAUCCGAUGAAGAUGGGAGUGACCUGGAUAACUCGUUGGAAGGAUUCAUCAAUAAUGCAACCCAGGCCUCGCAAACCUCGCAGUCUGUCAUGGAACACAGUGAUAUGCAUGCUGUGUAUAUGCAAUCAGUCCGCACUCCACACACAGGACAAAUACAUCCAGCUCAGAACAGAUUCAAGAUGGUCCACCGUGACGCUGUCGAGGAUGACCUGGACAUCUUCUCCCAGGUUCCUGUCCAAGAUGAGAGCUACUAUGAAAACAGCUUCGUCGUCCGGGAAGGUGAGGAGGACGAUUUUGAGGAGAUCGUGAGGAAGGCUCGGAGGGAGGACGAUGAGGAUGGAAGUCUGUUUGAGAACACCAUCAAUCUGGAUAACAUUCUCGUAUCCAAGCGGAGAGGGCGGCAGAAGGGAUUGAGCAAGGCAGCGCAGAUCCUGAAGGAAGGACGGAGGAAGGUUCUCAAGACAUCCUCAUCAUCGACCAGCACUGAGGAGACUGACGGAGAAUCAAGACGCCACGAUCAGAGGAAACCACCUGCAGGGAUGAGGAAGGACUUUGUGAGAGUACCGACUCGUCCUCAGACAAGCCAAAAUAGAAAUUCAGGUUUAUCAACACAGAAUACUACUGGUAACAGUGACAAACAAGCAUCUGUACACAGUGCCAAACAUUCAGUUACUGAUCACACCCAAAUAUUGAAAAAUAGACUCCAUAAAACAUCAACAACUCAAAUAAACGUUCAAAACAAGAUGACGAAAGACACAAGCAAGGACUCUCAGAGACAGGCUGGAGACUCUCCUACAAAAAAUCAACCAUAUAGUCAGGGAAACAUAAGCACAAGCCAAGGCUCUGUCAUCAGGCAGUUUAUAGAAGGAGAUCGAACAACAGUCAACUCUUGCCUGAGCGAUUUUACAAAUGGCAAACAAUCCACACAGCAGCAAAGUCCCGUCAAAUCAAACAGCGUGCCCCUCCGCAUCGGCAACGAUUGUCUUACACUGGCUGAGAAAGAAAAAGCCGAAAGAUUGAAGAGGCAAGAGGAGAAGAAAAGAGAAUUCUUGCGUCGGAUGGAGGAGCAGAAGAAACAGGAGCUGCUGCGGAUCUCAAAGGAAUCCAAUCAGCAGGUGCAGCAUCUGAAUCAGCCCAAACCACUCCAUGGUAGUUCAUCAAAUAAUGCAGGGCUUGGCAACGGUCAAACCCAACUGCCUGAAUCACAAUACCCGGCUGAAAGAUUUUCAAGAACCGGAGCUCCUCGUACCUCAGUUUGUCAAUCUACUCCACAGUACUCGGGGAUACCGAAGGUUGAUGUGAUUGGGGGUGGAUCUAAAGCAGUAGCGCUGCAGAACACCACAAUGAAAUCACCUGUGAAAGCUCAGCCCAAGAGCCUUCCUCUCUCGCCGAGCUCUGUUCAAAUGACUAGCAGGACAACACUGGCAGGGUCUCAAGGUGAGAUGAAUCGAGGCAAGCCAGUGAUUCUUGUAGACUCCAAGGAACUGUCCAGCUCCUCCCACAUUGUGUCCACCCUGGCUCUAAGACACAACCUCAACCCCAUUGUCAGCCAGCUCAGUGGCUGUGAUUACAUCGUCAGCACUCGCAUGGGCGUAGAAAAGAGAUCCAUGUCGGAUUUUGGGAGUAGUGUCAACAAGAACAAGCUGAUCGAUCGAGUCCGACAUCUAUGUGAGCUUUUUGACAGGCCUUGUCUCAUCUUAGAGAAAGAUCGAGUCAAGGUUUCGGAUGCCAAGAACCCCAAACCAAUGAAUCGAACCAAGUACCUUGACAGUACCUUAGCAACUCUUAGUAUGACCCACAUUAAAGUGUUGUACUCGGAUUCAUUGGAGGAUACAGCAAGGAUCCUAGCUGAGUUAGUACGUAUGGAGACAAGGAAAGGAUCUGCACUGUCUCCUCCACCCUUAAUGGACUCCGUGCAAGAACAGGUAUUUAAGUUCUACGUGUCAUUGCCCAGGGUGAGCUACGCUACUGCACAGUCAAUGAUGAUAGCAUUUCCAAGUAUCCGACAACUUAUUAACUGCUCACAGGAACAGCUGCAGCACAGAGCUAAGAUUUCUCAAGCCAGAGCCAAGGAGAUACUAAGCUUCUUACAUCACAGGUUUGAUGAGCAGAUGACAUGCUUAGGGUCCAAGAGGUGACUUGGGCAUCAGUCCCCAGCUGUAGCUGCCCACCUUAUCCGUGCCACUCUUGUGACAGUUUUCAUGCGUCAAGCGUGACUAUUAUGUUCCCCGAGUGCACUAGCAGGGGCCUAAUCAUGAAUACUGAUUUUUGGGAACGCGGUAAGGAGAGGGUCAAGUUAUUGGCUCCAACCCACGAGUCUCAUUGAUUCGAACCCCAGCUAGCCAUUAUAGCUCAGCCUGUGGGUUUUGUGUACAGGUACAUGUCUUGGACACGCUGAGUGUUUAGCCAACUCUAAUCUUUCCACUGCUAUAUUGCAAUGGAAAGAAGUCAUGGGGAAUAUAUGCCCCUUAUAAGUUUGUGGUGAGCAUACAUGCUUUCAAACUUGACCAUCGUUUUUCUACCUCAUUUGAUAGGGUGCCUAAAAAGUCACUUUUGGAAAGUCGGUUUAAAAAUUGUAUUUGCUAGGUGUUUUUCUUAACAAGACAGUGGACACUAUUGGUAAUUGUCAAA